GCGGCACCGGCGGCGCUGAAUCGCGCGGCGGCUGGACUCGCGAACARCAACAAUGGUCAGACCAGACACAGUGUUGGGUUCAGCAACAGUCGGCCGAUAACGUCGAUUGGGCACAACUGGCCAAACAAUGGAUACAAAUGCAGACCAGUCAACCGCAACCGCCACAACAUCAGCAACAACUACACGAUUURUUACAGUCACCGGCGGUUACUGUCCAUCAGCUGCUACCGCAACACAUACUCGUCCAGUCAAUGGUCCAGCAUUUGUUGCCGCCGCCACCACCACAGCCGCCACCGCAGSCKCUGCAAUCACCAAUGGUGACCAUACAUCGCGGACCGCCGCCGCCAUCGCUGUUAUCACCGUUUGGUGGACCACCACAGCAGCCGCCAUCCAUAUCGCCAAUGCAUAUGCAAAUGAAUCGCAUGCAUCCGCAACACAUGCCGACCGGAUCAUCACCCGAUGAYAUAAUGUUACGAACAUCAUCGGGUGGUGGUCCGCCAUUGUUUCAUCGGCGACCACAUCACAUGCAACCGCCGCCGCCGGUGGCCUCGCCAAUACACGAAGAUAUUUCGCGACCAAUCUAUCAAACAUCGAUUGAGGCCAACAUUAAUAAUAAUAACAACAACUGGAAUCGACCCAUAUUUCCACCGCAUCCACCAAUGAGACAGCCGGUACCGCCGCCGCCACACACAAUGCGGCCAAUGACUGGACUGCCGCCRCCGCCUCCAUCGUCAUCACCAAUGCAACAACCGUUGCUACCGACACCUCCAUCGCCUACAAUGGCAACAAUGGCUGCUUCGGGAMCUAACUUUCCUACAUCRGCAGCGAUGCCGUGGAGGCCGCCGCCACCACCGCCAAUGAUGGCUGKAAAUCAAAUGCCGCCGCUGCCGAAGCCAACCGACUUACCGAUKAACGCAAACAUUGAUCACUUUACAGCCAAUAUUAUGAACAACAAUAAUGUUAAUAACAAUAGUAUUAUGUGUAAUAAUAAUAAUAAUAAUAAUAUUGCUAAUAAUAUAAUGGACGCGGCCAAGAAAAAGACAUUACCGAUAUGGCUGAGGGAGGGAUUGGAUAAAAUGGAAAAAGAGAGGACUAAACGUGUGGAACGGGAACGGGAGGAACACGAUAGGAUGGAAAGGGCUAAAGCUGUYAGGGAUAAGGAGGAACAGUUGCGUCGGGAGAUUGAAUGGGAACAGAAGGUCGGCAACAAAUAUGCGGACAGCGAUGAUGACGACGAUGAGGARGAGGAAGAGGGAGAKGACAGCGACGAUAGGUUUGACGCUGAAGACAGAAAAGAGAUCAGCGAUGAAGAGAUGAUGUUAAGAGUACGCCAUAUGAUGACACAAAUACUGUURGAUGUGACCAACAAUGAGAUCGACGCCAUUGCCAGGGAUGUCAUCAGUAAGAGUCGCCACCAAAGAGUUCCAGAGGUUGUUAUGCAAUCAAGCGAACCAACAAUUAUUAAUAAGUCUACAAAACUUGGAGGACUGACUGUACUCACUGGCUAUGGAAGCGAUUCGGACGAUGAUAACGAAGACAAGGACAACAACCCCGGAGGAGGAGGAGGUGGUAGCCAUCAAAUGGACAGUAAAUCAGAUGACAAGACUAAGUCAUYAUCGGAUGUACAUAAAGGCGAUAAUAAUAGUAAUAAUAAUAAUAAUGAGAGCAGUAAUGAUCUAAAGAGAUCUAAAGAUAAGUUAUCGGAAACCAAUGAUCGAAAAUCACGUAAUGACAGAUCAAAACAGUCKUCAGAUUACGAWAGAGAUAGAAGUAGUAGACAUAGUAGUGAUAGUAGURGUAGAAGAARWAGAAGUAGUAGRAGUAGGAGAUCCAGUGAUAGAGAUCGUAAUCGAAGAAGYAGUCGAUCGAAAGAUAGGGAUAGAAAUAGAGAUAAGGAUAGAGAUAGAAGAAGUAGGUCUAGAGAUAGAUCUGUUAGACAGAGUAGUAGUAGUAGUCGACCAAAGACUAGUCGUACUGAUCGCAGAUCACUAUCUGAUCGCAAAAGUAGAUCGCGAAGUAAAUCACGUGAUAGACAACAACGACGGCGGCRCCGAUCGGGUAGUAGUAGUAGUCGAUCGCGUAGUCCGUCGUCGUCUAACAAAAACCAUAGAAGUGUUGGCCACUCGUCAAAUGAAUCGUCAGCCGCUGCCGCCGCCGGCAGUAAGUCGCGGACAACAACGACGACCAGCAGCCGUGCGGCGGACCCGAGCCGUAAACAUCGAUAGUUUGGGUGUAAAAUAAAUGUCUGUAUAUAUAACUAUAUUUAAAAAAAAACAAAACAACACAUAAAAUAAUUGAAACAACAAAACAAUUAAAAAAUAAGACACAAAAAAAUCCCAGGAAUUUAUGAC